CGGCGGCGGCGGGGGGGGCGGAGGCGGAGGGCGCGGGAGCGGGGCCGGGACCCGGGCAGAGCGGCACCGAGCGCCGCCGUCCCCCGCCGCCAGCGGUCGCCCGCGCCCGCCCGCGCCCCGCCGAGCGCCUCCCCUUGGCCGCAGCGGCCGGGAGCGGGCGGUGGUGGGGCGGGCGGCCUCCCGGGGCGGAGCCCGGCGCCAGCGGCGGGGGCGCGGAAAUCGAGGCCGGGGCUCCGUCGCGGCCUGCUGCUGCUGCGGGAGGAGGCGGGGAGGCCCCGCCGCCGCCGCCCCCGCCGCCGGCCUUUGUCUCCGCUGGGCUGGGUGGACGCGGCGGGGGCAGUUAGAAUGGAACAGACUGAAGGCCCUAUGAGAAAAAGGGAAAGCUAAGGAUGCUGGAGCAGAACAAUGGAUUUCUCUUUCUCUUUCAUGCAAGGGAUCAUGGGAAACACAAUUCAGCAACCACCUCAACUCAUUGACUCCGCCAACAUCCGCCAAGAGGAUGCCUUCGAUGGCAGCAGUGACAUUGCUGAAGAUGGUGGCCAGACGCCGUACGAAGCCGCCCUGCAGCAAGGCUUCCAGUACCCGCCGCCCCCGCCCGAGGACCUGCCGCCCCUGGCCAACGGCUACGCCCCGGCCAUCGGCAUGUACGAGCCCCACGCCAAGUACCAGGCCUACGCCCAGUACCCCAAUGGCUCGGCCAACGGGUUCGGCGCGGUCAGGAACUUUAGUCCCCCGGAGUAUUACCAAAUGGAAAACUCGAACGCGAGGCCACACGAAGUUCUGGAGAAACCUUCCCCUCCCCAGCCGCCGCCUCCACCACCACCUUCGGUUCUGCAAACGGUGAUUCCAAAGAAGACUGGCUCACCAGAGAUCAAACUAAAGAUAACCAAAACUAUCCAGAACGGCAGGGAAUUGUUUGAGUCCUCUCUGUGUGGGGACCUUCUAAAUGAAGUACAAGCCAGUGAGUACGCUAAGGCGAAACAUGAAGGGAGGAAAGAGAAAAGGAAAAAAAGUAGCAAGCACGACUCUUCCCGGUCGGAAGAGCGAAAGUCGCACAAAAUUCCAAAAUUAGAACCAGAGGAACAAAAUAGACCAAGUGAGGGGCUGAGUGUGGAACGACCGAGAGAAGACGCGGUGCUGGAGGAAACCCCGGUCCAGCAGUUCUUGCCUUCUCUUCCUACACAAGUCAGCCAUGACGUCAAGUUCCAGGUUGGCGAUCUGGUCUGGUCCAAGGUGGGAACGUACCCGUGGUGGCCUUGCAUGGUUUCAUGUGACCCACAGCUUGAUGUUCACACCAAAAUUAAUACAAGAGGUGCCCGUGAAUACCACGUUCAGUUUUUCAGCAACCAGCCGGAGCGGGCGUGGGUGCACGAGAAGCGGGUUCGGGAGUACAAGGGACACAAACAGUACGAGCAGUUACUGGCUGAGGCUGCUAAGCAAGCCAGCAACCACUCUGAGAAGCAGAAGAUUCGCAAACCAAGGCCACAAAGAGAGCGUGCUCAGUGGGACAUUGGUAUUGCUCAUGCUGAGAAAGCGUUGAAAAUGACUCGGGAAGAAAGGAUAGAACAGUACACCUUCAUUUAUAUAGACAAAGAGCCAGAGGAGGUUUUGUCAAAAGCCAAAAAGACUGCUGCUUCUAAAGCGGAGACCAAGAAGAGCCGGCGACCCAAGCCGGCGCUGAGCGCCCCGCCGGAGCACGGCAGCGCGGCCGCGGCGUCGCCCUCCAGCGCCGAGGCGCGCAGACAGAGCCAGCGGAGGCAGUCGAGCGUGGAGGAAGAGGAGCCGCCCCCCGUGAAAAUCGCCUGGAAAACAGCUGCAGCUCGGAAAUCCUUGCCAGCUUCAAUAACCAUGCACAACCUGGAUCUUCAGAAAUGUAACAUGUCUCCGGUUGUUAAAAUUGAACAGGUUUUUGCCCUUCAGAAUGCUGCCGGGGAUGGAAAACUCAUCGAUCAGUUUGUUUAUUCCACUAAGGGAGUUGGGAACAAAACAGAAAUAAGCGUCAAAGGACAAGACAAACUGAACUCUUCAUCAAAUCAGAGAAAUGAAAAAGCAGCGGUGCAAAACGCGUCCUCUCCUGAAACAACCGGCUCCACAGGUUCUGUAGAAAAGAAGCAGCAGAGAAGAUCGAUUCGAACCCGCUCAGAGUCUGAGAAAUCCACCGAAGCUGUGCCAAAGAAGAAGAUCAAAAAGGAGCAGGUCGAGACGGUGCCCCUGACAGCGGUGAAGACAGGACUGCAGAAAGGUGCCAGCGAGAUUUCGGACUCCUGUAAGCCUUUGAAGAAAAGGAGUCGUGCCUCAACUGACGUGGAGCUGACGAGCUCGGCUUACAGAGACACGUCCGACUCCGACUCCAGGGGACUCAACGAUGUACAGGGUAGCUUUGGAAAGCGUUCGGACAGCCCGUCGGCUGCUGCCGAUGCCGAUGCCUCUGACGUGCAGUCGGUGGACUCCAGCUUGUCCAGGAGAGGAGCCGGAACCAAUAAAAGGGACACGGUUUGUCAGAUCUGUGAGAGCUCCGGCGAGUCCCUGGUGUCCUGCGAGGGCGAGUGCUGCGGCGUCUUCCACCCGGAGUGCCUGGGCCUGAAGUCGCUGCCCGAUGAGAAGUUCAUCUGCGCCGAGUGUAAAAACGGAGAACACACGUGCUUUUCCUGCAAACUCCCUGGCAAAGAUGUGAAGCGCUGCUCCGUCAGCACGUGCGGCAAGUUCUACCACGAGGCCUGUGUUCGCAAGUUCGCCACGGCCCUGUUCGAGUCGCGGGGGUUCCGCUGCCCGCAGCACUGCUGCACCGCCUGCUCCAUGGACAAGGACAUCCACAAAGCAAGCAAAGGUCGCAUGGUGAGGUGUCUGCGGUGUCCCGUUGCCUUCCACUCCGGAGACGGCUGCAUCGCGGCGGGGAGCUUGUUCGUGUCAUCCCACAUCCUCAUCUGUAGUAACCAUUCCAAAAGGAGUCACUCCUCAUCAGCUGUAAAUGUAGGCUUUUGUUUCGUUUGUGCAAGAGGGCUGGUAGUGCAGGACCAUUCAGACCCCCUGUUCAGUUCAUAUGCCUAUAAGUCCCACUACCUACUGAAUGAAUCAAAUCGUGCUGAGUUGAUGAAAUUACCUAUGAUUCCUCCUCCUUCGUCAGCUUCCAAAAAGAAAUGUGAGAAAGGUGGGAAGCUGCUGUGCUGCGAGUCCUGCCCAGCGUCCUUCCACCCCGAGUGUCUCAGCAUUGACAUGCCCGAGGGAUGCUGGAAUUGCAAUGACUGUAAAGCUGGCAAGAAGCUGCGUUACAAGCAGAUCGUUUGGGUGAAGCUUGGGAAUUACAGGUGGUGGCCAGCAGAGAUCUGCAAUCCCAGGUCUGUGCCUCUCAACAUACAGGGCCUCAAACAUGAUAUCGGGGACUUCCCAGUAUUUUUCUUUGGUUCACAUGACUACUAUUGGGUACACCAGGGCAGAGUUUUCCCUUAUGUUGAAGGAGAUAAAAGCUUUGCUGAGGGGCAAACUAGUAUUAACAAGACCUUCAAGAAAGCACUUGAAGAAGCAGCAAAGCGCUUCCAGGAGCUGAAAGCACAAAGGGAAAGCAAAGAGGCAUUAGAAAUUGAAAGGAAUUCAAGGAAACCUCCACCGUACAAACACAUUAAAUCCAACAAGGUGAUCGGGAAGGUUCAGAUCCAGGUGGCGGACCUGUCGGAGAUCCCCCGCUGUAACUGCAAACCCUCGGACGAGAACCCCUGCGGGCUGGAGUCCGAGUGUCUCAACAGGAUGCUGCAGUACGAGUGUCACCCGCAGGUGUGCCCGGCCGGGGAGCGCUGCCAGAACCAGUGCUUCACCAAGCGGCUCUACCCCGACGCCGAGAUCAUCAAAACCGAGCGGCGCGGCUGGGGCCUGCGCACCAAGAGGAGCAUUAAGAAGGGUGAAUUUGUGAACGAAUACGUUGGUGAGCUGAUUGAUGAAGAGGAGUGCAGGCUGCGGAUCAAACGCGCGCAUGAAAACAGCGUAACCAAUUUUUAUAUGUUAACUGUAACAAAGGACCGGAUAAUAGAUGCUGGCCCGAAGGGGAAUUACUCUCGCUUUAUGAACCAUAGUUGUAAUCCGAACUGUGAAACACAGAAAUGGACAGUGAAUGGUGACAUUCGAGUUGGACUGUUCGCUCUUUGUGAUAUUCCUGCAGGAAUGGAGCUAACGUUCAAUUAUAAUCUGGAUUGCCUGGGCAAUGGCAGGACCGAGUGUCACUGCGGAGCAGAGAACUGCAGCGGCUUUCUGGGAGUGCGUCCCAAGUCAGCAUUUGCAACUGCAAACGAAGAGAAGAUGAAGAAUGCAAAAUUAAAGCAGAAGAAACGGAAAAUCAAAGCAGAGCAGAAGCAGAUGCACGAGGACAACUGUUUCCAGUGCGGAGACGGGGGAGAACUGGUCAUGUGCGACAAGAAGGACUGUCCCAAAGCGUACCACCUCCUAUGCCUUAACCUGACUCAACCACCUUUCGGAAAGUGGGAAUGCCCGUGGCACCAGUGCUCCGUGUGCGGCGGCCCCGCGGCCGCGCUCUGCGACUUCUGCCCCCGCUCCUUCUGCAGAGAGCACGAGAAGGGGGCGCUGGCGGCCUCGGCGCUGGACGGCCGGCCCUGCUGCUCCGCACACGACCCCCAGGCGCCCGUGGCCCCCGAGUUCUGGAGCAAGAUCAAGUGCAAAUUGGAACCACAGAACCCUGCGGAGGAGGCGAAGGAGUGAAUUUGGUCACGAACGGACAAGGGAGGGGAGGAACGAGGCAAACGGGCGAUGGACUUGAAGAGACUGCUACGCCACAUUCAGUCCUUGUCAUCGGAGCCGUCGUGUGUGAACUGGGAACGGGACCAUUUAAUCUUAGCAAGCAGAAACAGGCAGCGUGUUUGGUUUGCAUUGUUUGGUCUUUCUUUUACCCUUGAAUGUGCUACAGCAGCUCUUACUGUUGGAUACCAGAAACGUCUUGGCCUUCAAAGCAAAACGUAGACCUUUCGACAGUGAAAAGAAGAUUCUGUUUAAAAUAAUGCUCUUUGAGUGUAGAAAGCAAAGCAUAGCAACAUAUUUAUUUAUUUAAUUUUUAAAGGGUGUUGAAGAUCUGGUUUUGAUCAGUCAACGUGUCUUUAAAAACAAAAUAGCAAAGCCAACGUAACGUUUUUGUCUAGUUUACAAAAGAAUAAACCUCCCCGCGCUGUGUAACACUGAGGUGCCGCAAAGGCAGGUGUGACCCCAAAACGCCUCCAUUCCAGUACUUGUUGUUAGAGGCAUUUUGGGAAGGUAGGUUACAUGUCACGUCAGCUUACGAAUAUUAUUGUCAAGCUUUUCCUGUGAGAAAUCAGGUGUGUAACUUUUUGAGAGGGCUUGUAAGACGGGAUCUAGUGUUGGCUGAGGAGGGAGCGAAUCAUCAUUCCUUAUGGAGAGCUCAUGGGUGUUUGCAGAGAGGUGGACGUUCAGGAGGAGGUCGUUCCUUUACGCCGCCUCCCUUGGAGAACGUUCGCGGUCAGGAGAGCCGCGCACACUGCGGCUCUGCGCUGGUUUCAAGGCAUUGCAUUGGUGCGGUUCUUUAUUGCCGCCUUCAGGCUCCCGUCGGCUUCAAAGAACAUUGGAGUGCAUAAGGGUUCUGACCCUGUGCGUGUUUAUUUUGAUCGGGUGUUUAGGCUUCUUUGCUGAGAUCUCAGUGUUGGUGGAGAUAAACCUCAGCGCUCGUCAGUGAACAGGGUAUUUUCUGUGUGGGUGACGGGCCGCGUCCCGCUGGGGCCUCGGGAGGCCGUGCUGUCCGAGCCGCUCCGUGCGCCAGCAGAGGGGCGGGCGCCUUCGCUCAGGCUUGGGCAGUGGCUGGGGUGGCUCCUGCGCCGCAUUUUCCUCUGCAAACCUCUGUUUCUUUGCCGAGGAGCCUGGGGGCGCUGGUUUCCCGGGCUGGCGUGAGUCUGUGGCAAAUCUCCCCGUCCCCCGGACCGACAGAGCGCUGUGCACCCGCUGUGCUCACAGCGCCCUUCCCGCUGCAAUCCUGCGUUAGCUAGCGUUUCGCUGAUGGCUAUUGGAAAUGAUCCUGAACGAGAAUUCGUGUCGAGGGCUGCUGUAAUCUGGCUACAAUAAGCCUCUGAAUUAAGAAUUAAGAACCGCGUCUCUGGAGAACGGCCUCCAUCAGCCUGCAGGAACACGGCGACUUCUCGGUUCAAGAAAACAGGCGGGAGAGGCGCGUGUGGGGCUCUGGAGCAGGUCUGGCCUGGGGCCGGUGUCCUGCGGGUCCUCACAUCGCGCACGGGGAGUUUGUGUGUGUGCGGUUGUGAAGCUCCGACAUACACUACGGUGUCCCGCAGCGGCUCGUGUCGCGGGCGCCCGGGAUCGAUCUCGGCACUUCAUCCCCCGGUCCGUACUGCAGCCGGCGGCCGAAACACUACUCUUGCUUCAAAGCAGUGCUAUAUUUUGGUAUUUUUUACAAAAGAAAUUUACAAAUAGGAUUUUAUUUUUCUUAACACUUUGUGUGAUAAAUGUCUCUUUUUAAGAUCUUACUGGGGGUCUUCAACCUUUUCAGAAAUUCCAAACGCAGCUCUUCCUGCAGCGUCUGUAAGGCCCGGUGCGUUUACUUUAUAUUAUUUAUUAGGCUUGACCACGCUGGGAUGGUUCAGAGCGUUGUGAAUACUGCAAACGGGCGAUCGUGGGAGCGCACGGACCCGCGGCCCCGUCUCCAUCCGCAGGGACGUGGUUUGGCAGCGCCGGGACACCCCCUGACCCGCCAUCGCCAAACCAGACGUCGCAGGAUGCGGGAACAUUCCCAGGAGGCUAAAAACUCGAGAACCGCCGUGACCCGAGGCUGCCGCUCCUGUGCCGCGCCACUUGGUGUCUUUGUUUGCAAACUCUUCCACGUGCUCCUCUUUUUCCACCAAAAUAGGGCACUAGCAGCCAACAGCUGCGCCUGGACCUGAAAGGGAAAACAGGAGAUUGGUCUUGCAGUUUGUAUGAGCUCUGAACUAAAGUCUGAGCUGGAUUUCAUGCGAUGGGGGAGAAGGUGAAUCUUUCAAAAACCUUAACGCGCUGAGAGAAGACAAUUCCCGUUUCAAAGUAUCUUGGUAACUGCAGGGGUUUGUUACAUACGCAAAAUGUUAGAGUACACGUUUUAACCACGUUUUCGCGAAUUGAAUAGAACAACACUGCGAGUCCUUGCAAGGAGAAGGUUGAUCAGCUGUAUUUUGGUAACUGGCGUCAGCGUUUGCGCGGUCUCUAAAGCGGGAUAAGUGCCUCGGGUAGCCGGAGGCCGGAAGAGCCGCAGAGCCGCUGGGGUUUGGUGGGGAGCUGCGCUCAGCCCAGCAGCCCGAGCCGCUCUGCAGGUACCCGGUUCUGGUUGCAGAGCCGGUGCUUCCUGCGGCCCCGCGGCCCCGCACCGCAGCGGCCGCUUCCCGGCCCUUCCAGGGAGAUCUUCCUGGUGCGAGCGUCACGUCCCGCAGCUCGGGGUGCUCAGCACGGGCUCGGUCCGGCCACGUCCCGCAGCUCUGGGUGCUCAGCACGGGCUCGGUCCGGCCACGUCCCGCAGCUCGGGGUGCUCAGCACGGGCUCGGUCCGGCCACGUCCCGCAGCUCUGGGUGCUCAGCACGGGCUCGGUCCGGCCACAUCCCGCAGCUCUGGUCAGCAGCACGGGCUUGGUCCGGCCAUGUCCCGCAGCUCUGGUCAGCAGCAUGGGCUUGGUCCGGCCAUGUCCCGCAGCUCUGGUCAUCAGCACGGGCACGGUCCGGCCAUGUCCCACAGCUCUGGUCAGCAGCACGGGCUCGGUCCGGCCACUCGAGGCGUUUGCAGCUCACAAGGAGAACGGUGAAGGCGAUUCUGUGUGAAAUCACCUUCUCUGGUCACCACCCUGGUCCUGGAGAACCUGUUCAGAUGGAGCGAUAGGGCUGGAAUGCUUGGUUUGGGCCUUCUAAAAAAACACUUCUUGUAUCUUAAUUUUGGGAUGGAAUGGGAAAGACACAAUUACUAGAUGUAAUUAACAGUGAGCAUAAAAUCUGUAUAUAUUGAAACUUGACAGAAAUGGGGGGAUGUCCCGCGCUGGUACGAAGUUGUCACUUUACCAUGGAAACCUCUGCCUCGUUGAAUUCAGGGUUUAACGUACUUGAAGCUCUGCCGUUCCUUAUUCAGCUUGUUUUAUUUAUACACGACUUUCUUUGUGCGCUACAUCGGAAACGUCCUCGGCUCCCCCGGAGCCACUUUCUGCUCCCGCUGGGCGGCGAAUCCGCGGCAAACGGCGGCAGUUUCCAAAGGUGCCGUCCCAUGCGGUGGCGCGAGAGUGGCAGCGGAGUGAUGCUGUCCCCUCCUCGUCCCCCUGCUGUCCCCUCCUCGUCCCCCUGCUGUCCCCUCUCCGGCAGCUUUCCCCUUCCAUUUACCUUUGUGUAGCAGAAACAUUUGCACUUGGGAUACACUCCUGCGCUUUGGAUGUGUUCACAAUGUCGUUCUGAGGAGAAAAAGAGGGAGAAAGGAUAAAACAAGGCGUUUAGCGAUGAUGGUGUUUCCCGAGCGCCAGCUCAGGGGGUUGUCACCCCGCGCGGGGCUGGCGAGGGGGGGCUCAGCUCCAACUGUGCUUUGCGUAGCGAUCGCUGUAAUUAAUGUGAAAUCAAAAAGGGAACGCGUGCGUGACUUUGCCAAAGCCAUUCUCUGCUCCGUUUCCCGCCCGGUCCCCUCGGGGCGGUUCUUGCUCUGGGUUGGUGACAGACCGGGUGACAAACCCGCGAUUCCUGCUCCCCGGCUGGGCCACGGCUGUCGCAGUGUCACUGUCGUGAUGCGGUGACACCGGCUGUCCUGACACGGUGUCACUGUCGUGAUGUGGUGACACCAGUUGUCCUGACACAGUGUCACUGUCUCAACGCAGUGACACCGGCUGUCCCGACACAGUGUCACUGUCCCAACACAGUGACACCGACUGUCCCAAUGCAGUGUCGCUGUCCCGACACGGUGAUACCCGCUGUCCCGGCUGGUGACGGGACCCUCAUCCCCAGGGGGUCCGUGUGUCCCCAGCCCGGCCCCCGCGUCACCCGCGUGUCCCCGCGCUCCGAGGGUGACCCGCGUGGAGUCGGUAUCUCCGUGGGCUUUGUUUGUCCGUAACACCCUUUGCAGAUCCCGCGGGCUGUUGUUUGAGCGGAGCCCCUGGAGCCCGCGCUAGCGCGGCACCGGCGUUCUGCAGUCGCCAUGGGAGUUUUGGGGGGGCCGCUCGCGGCUCUGGACGCCGAGCCCGUCGUGUUCCGUUCGGGCCGUUCCGCUGGGGCAUUACCGUAUUAACGACUUGAUGUUGCCGCAUAGACUUUGAGAUAUACGAUAUUCGGGGGUUUUGUUGUUCGGCCGAUGUUCUCUUGCCUAGUGUGACGCCUGUAAAGCUUGGUUACCUGUACAUAGUUAGCUUACGUCGACUAGUUAGUGUAUCUAGGACUGCCUGUAAUAUUUUAGCUUCUUACUGAAUGUCCGUGAUGGUAGAAACAUAUAAUUUUUGUACAUUCUAUUUACUGAGAUGUUGCCUUUUUUUUUUUAAUUAUUAUUAUUAUUUUACAAACACUUUGGAAAUUCCGAUGUGGUGGGUUUUUGUUGUUUGGUUGUUUUUCUUCAUUUGAACAAGUUUUUAAAUGACAUUCCCCACUCAUUUUUUUUAUCUUUAUUUUAUUUUAUUUUAUUUUUUGCUUGAGGUUGACUUCAAUAAAUCGUUAUUGAAUGUUA